UGAUGGUGAUGAUGAUGUGAUGUGAGGAUGAUGGUGAUGGUGAUGAUGAUGGUCCUUCCUUUCUGUGGUGAAGAUGAGGUGUUUUGCGUGUCAGUUAUGACACAGGUUACAUCAACGCUUCAGCUGAAGGCGUGAAUAUCAACACGGCGUUGAGUCUGAUCAGAGACGAUCAGGGACGACUGAGGAUCAGCAACAUCACCUGCGAUGCUAACAUCUCCAAAAUGAGGGCCAAGUUCAGCGGAACCCUUGGGAGAGUUUACGGCUUCCUGUCCAGCUUCCUGACAACAGGCAUGCGCUUCCUCCUCAACCAAAAGAUCUGUCCUGCUCUGGACCAUGCCGCUCUGGUCCAUGUGAACUCUUUGUUGGAGACGGUCCCUGUGAGGACGGAGGUCGAUCGGUUUAUUGGGAUCGAUUAUUCUCUGAUCAAUGAUCCUGUGGUGACAUCCAGGAGCCUCGACAUGCACUUCAGGGGGAUGUUCUUUGACCUGCUGCAUCCAAACGACUCGUUGGCAAACUACGCUGUGGAGCCGGUCAUCAGAGAGUACGACCGGAUGGUUUACCUCGCCCUGUCCGAGUUCUUCUUCGACAGCGGCAUGUUCGCCUACUACAAAGCAGGGAUCUUCCAGAUGCACAUCAUCAAUGAGAAGGUCACCACAGACCAUCAAAACCACUACAGACAACCAAAACCACCACAAGCCCCACCAGAGCCACCUAGUCAAGUCAAUUCAAGAAAUUAUGGCUCAUCCAGGCUUUUAUGCCCCGAACACAUGACUGUAGUCGGGAUAACUGAUCAGUUUCAUCUGGCUUCAUACAUAGAUACAAUGCCCAAAGACCUGGAGAUGUUGUUAAGAACCACCUACCUUGGAGCCAUCAUGAUGCUGAACCCGGCUCUGGUGGAGGCCCCGCUCUCUCUGCAGCUUGCCGUCAACUCGCCUCCAAAAACCUCGAUCAAGACGUCCGGCGCGACGGUGGUGAUGACGGCUGUGGUGAAGGUGUUUGUGCUGCCGCCGGGUCAACCAGCGGUCCAACUGAGCAGCAUGACCAUGGAAUCAAAGUUUAACGCGAAAGUUUCGAUGAAGGGAAAACGUCUGGCUGUCCAUGCUGACCUCCGCAGGUAAAUACAGUACAUUACAGGGGAAAAGACACGAUGUGGAGGACAGAAAGAGAGAGGGAGAGACACAGAGAGAGAGAGAGAGAGAGA